AUGGAGAGAGACCGGGGUUUUAGCUUCAAGCUGUUGGUGCCUCCCAGGGUGAAUAAUGGUCAGGUAUCUACUGUUAGGCCUCAGGAAAUUGGUUACAGUACAUGUUUUGACAAAGAGCAAAAUAUGCCUUUCCCCAAUACAAGUGUGGUUGUGCCAACUAAACCAACCAGACAAGAUUUUCCCAAGAUGAAGGCUGUGCCACCAAUGGAAAAAGAGGAGAAGAAUUGCAAUCAAGGACAGCUUUAUUCUAAGCUGUUUGAUGAAGUUGACAAAAUCAAGUGUUGGAAAGUCAAAGCUGACUCUGACAUUGUGCAAAGGGAAAGGAAACUCCAAGAAAACAAAAGAACUAUUGAAACUCAGCGCAAAGCCAUUCAAGAAUUGCAGUUUGGAAAUGAAAGUCUCAGCAUAAAACUAGAGGAACAGAUCAGUGAAAAUGAGGAUUUGACAAACAGAAACAAUGCAACACGGAACUUGUGUAAUAUACUCAAAGAUACCUUUCAGCGGUCGGCAGAGAAAAUGCAUUUAUUUGAAUCUGAAAGAGAGGAAACGCAUCACAUCCUAAUGGACAAUAGUGAGAGUAUCCAGAAACUGAUUGGAGCAUUCGAAAGCCUUCGUAUUCAAGCAGAAGCUGAUCAACAAGAGCUGCUGAAAGUCAAAGAAGACUUGCAGCAAUGUGAAGAUCUAAAAGAUAAGUAUCAUCAAGAAUACAACAUAAAAGAGGACGAGGUUGUGUUGCUUCAAACAAAUCUGAACGAUAAUGUAAAUGAACUACAAAAAUCUCUGUGUGACCUCCGUGAGACCCAAGACCAAUGCAAACAACUUCAAGAGGCAACAAAUCAACAACAAGAACUUCUCAAAAGCUCAAAAGCUGAACAGGAAUCCCUUCUCCAAAAACUGCACACUGCAGAGCAGCGCUGUGCAGAAACUGAGACGAGUCAAGAAGCCCUGGCUGCAAUGCUGAAACAAAGUAAAGAAGAAUAUGCACAGAUCAUUCAAAGCAAAGACUUAAGCUUGAAGGAACUCAGCACAGUUAAAAAUCAACAAGCAAAAAAGCUGGAGGAGAUUCAGACAACCAUUCAGGAGCUACAGGAGUCACUGGCAACAGAAAUACAGAGGGUUAAGGAAUGUGAGGAUAAACUUGUGGCAAACAACGAGGAACUUGAAAGGACAAACAUACUUUUAGGAGAGGCCAUAGAGCAAAGUGGAAAAAAGAGUGGGCAGAUCAAAAUCUUUGAAGAUGAACUGGACAAGGCUUCAAAAUCCACGGAGGCCAUGAAGGGUAAGAUUGACAUCCUUGAGCUCAGAGUGGAGGAACUCAAAGCUGAGCUUUCAAGAAAAACCCAAGAAGCGCAGCUAUUUUUUUUAAAAUUGAUACAGAGUGAAGCAGAGAUUGCCUUUGCUGGAAAUGAUCUACUUAAGAAAGGUCGUGAAACUGCUGAAAAGGCACAUGAGGAUUUAAAGGAGAAGUUCGACACAACUGAGAUUAAAGUGCAGAAGCUGGAGGGACAAUUAUCCAAUGAAAUUAAGAAAAAUGAAGAAUACACUUUUCAGAUGGAGCAACUGAAGAAAGACCUCUCACAGCAUAAAGUAAAGUACGAGGAGCUAUUAUCCAACUUUAAUGAGCUGCAGUCUGAGAAGAAAGCCAUUGAACAGCAGUUUGAGAGUGGAUCAUCUAAUAUGAAAGAUAUUGAGGCAAACAUGAAGGUGAGUGAGGAGAAGGCAGCGAAGCUCACAAGAGAAAUUCAAAGACUGGAAAAGGAAAACAAAUGUUUAGGGUCAGAACUAAAGUCAAUUAAAACCAAGAUCCAGGGGAGAUAUCAAGAGACUGAGACUCUGCAGAAGACAAUUGAUGAAAAUUGUGAGCAUUUCCAGGAAGAAAUAACUAAAAAUGAAAAACAGAUUAAAGCUGUGGAGGCAAAGCUGUGCAAUCUCAGGAGAAAAUUUGAAACUAAACUUAGAGCCCAGGAGGAAUACCAGAAAGAGAAUAAAAUGCUCAAGAAACAAUUAGCAAAAGAGACAGUGAAAUCCAGUCAACUUGAAAAUGAGAUCAGCAGCCUUCACGAGGAGUCACAGAAUCUUAAAAGACUGAAUGAGGAAGAACAUCAAAAAUUGCUUAAGGAUCUUGAGUCCAAAUCAACCUUUGCAGUAGAGCUUGAGAAUGAGGUACAAAAGCUCAGACUGACAGGAGCAGAGGCCAUGAAGAACAAGGAAGACGCAGAACUCAAGUGUCAACACAAGAUAGCAGAUAUGGUCACACUGAUGGAAAAACACAAGAGCCAAUAUGACCGUAUGGUUGAAGAAAAGGAUGCAGAGCUUGAUGAGAACAAGAAGAAAGAAAUGAAGGCGGUUGCUCAUAACAAAUCACUGGAGUUGGAUAUGUUGAAGCAUAAGACAGAAAAUCGUCAGCUGAAGAAACAGCUGAUGACAGAAAAGACAGAGAAGGAAAAGCUACAGAACAAGCUAAGUGAUCUUAAGAAAGAAGUUUCCUCAAUGAAAAUCAAUCAGCUGUCGGAAGCAAGUAUCAAGCAGUCACCUACCUUCAGCCGUAAACAAGAACGAUGUUCACAGAAUCCAAAAGAAAGCUCUUCAAAGCUUGAGUUUGACUUCUGUAAGACCAGGAAAACUCCUUCCUACUGCAAAGAUGCUGGCAGUACUGCAGUUAUGAAGAAGGCUGAAUCUGACACUGAAUCAAUCAGAACAUCAUGUGGAACAACACCAAAGACCAAGGAAAUUCUCAAUGAAGACCUGAAAACCCCGAGAAGCAUUACAAACAGGGUUGGCGGAACAUCAAAGAUCAAAUCCUACAGAAUAAGGACUCCUCCUUUUGAUGAAAAGGCCACAUGCUGGGGGAAGAGCGCUUUUCAGCUCGACCCGAAGUCUGACAGCUCUGACCAAAAUGAUCUUUUGACCUUUACAGACACACCUGCAUCCAUUUUUGUUGAUUUUCACUUUAAUUAAAAAACAUAUUUUCAUAUCCAGAGCCCUGUCACUCAUAAGUCACCGGGGAAUUCCCUGAAGCUAGCUGCAAUUAAAAGAAUGAGAGAUGCUGGUUGGACUGCAGUUACUGGCUGUGACAAAAAAAAGAAGACGACUAAUGAGAAGAUCUUUGCAUAAAUAGCACUGUUUCAGGUCAGCUAAGCAGUGAUUAUAACACUAUUAGACAGCUUUAAAUGUCCAUCUUCCAUCUUAAACAUGCAUAUAUAUAUAGCCCUGUCCAUCCAAGUUAGACUGAUGGCAUGAUGUUUUGUUAAAAUGCAUAGAAAGUAUUGUUAUAGAUCAGAUCAACAGUAUUAUUAAGAACAAGUAAAUUUAGGUUUUCUGAUUUAGCUUGUUUGUUUGGGUUGUUAAGGAAUUUUUUAAGUGACUGUUGAGUCACAUUCAAUGCUUUAAGUACUUUUAAAAUGAUUCUGUUAUUUGUUGUAGUGUUAUAUAGAA